AUGUCGCAAUCGCCAACUCCUGUAAAAUAUGGACCAGAUUUAUCCGUAAAAUUGAUCUGUCCAGAGUGUCAAAUUCCUAAUCCAAACGUCGUUGAAGAAUUCAGCUCUGGUGAUCUCGUUUGUGGCGAUUGUGGUUUGGUUCUAGGCGAUAAAGUCGUUGAUACACGCUCUGAGUGGCGUACUUUUGCGAAUGACGAGGGUGAUGAUCCAUCUCGUGUUGGUGCAGCUAAUAAUCCAUUAUUGGAUGGUGUAGAUGAAUUUGAAACUAUGAUAUCUUCGAGGGAUGGAAACACAGGUAUUUCUAGAGAACUGCAGCGUGCGACUGCAAAAUCAUCGCACGGUCGUAGUGAACGUGGUUUACUAAACGCUUUCAGAGAUAUAAGUUCGAUGGCAGAUCAGAUUAGUUUACCACGGUCUAUUGCUGAUAUUGCUAAGCAACUUUAUAAGCGCGUAGAUGAGGAGAAACUUCUAAGAGGUAAAUCUACAGAUGCCAUCAUAGCUGCAUGCAUUUUCAUCGCAUGUAGGCAAGCCGGUGUUCCUAGAACUUUCAAAGAAGUUUGGGGUUUAACAAGAGUACCUAAGAAAGUUAUUGGUCAAUGUUUUAAAGUCCUUGAGAGAGCUUUUGGCUCAAAUUCCCCUUCAAUGACACCAGGUGUUGAUACUCCAACUUUAAAUAACAUUCAAAGUGGUCCAGAAGAUCUUAUGGCUAGAUACUGUAAUCAUCUUAACCUUCCUGUUUGGUUACAAAGUGGUGCUGUUGAUGUCGCAAUUGCUGCUAGGGAACAUGGUGUUUUAGCAGGUAGAUCACCAAUUACGGUAGCAGCAACUUGUAUAUACUUUGCAUCAGCCUUAUUCGGUCAUCCUAAAUCCGCGUCGGAGAUAGGUAAUAUUGCAGGCGUCGGUGAUUCCACAAUUAGAUCAGCAUAUAAGAUAUUAUUCAAUGAGAAACAGCCAGUUUUAGCAUCUAUACAUGAUAAAAGAGCAAAUGUAAUGAAUUUACCCGAACCAUAA